AUGGAGAAAGAUUUCUGUUUCUCGCAGGAUGUCGCGCAGGUCAUUACAGAGGUUCAAAGUCCGUUUCGUAUCGUCAAAGCAAACAAAAUGUGGUGUGAGAGAUGUGAAUUUACAGGAGAUGAGAUCAUCGGCAAGACGUUGGAGAUCAUUCAAGGACCGUCAACCAGCAGGGAUACCUUGUCUGCUCUCUCAGCUUCUAUUUCCCAAGGGGUUGGUUUCAAAACCACCCUCGUAAACUACACCAAGUCCAAGGUGCCGAUUCUCAACCAACUUGAUAUCUUCCCACUGCUGUGUGAUAAGAGCGGGUUUCCGUCUCACUUUGUCGGG